ACUGCGCGCCGGCGGCUGUGACGGGGCAGAGCGCACGACGCCGCCACCGCCUACGCGCGAGCCGCUACAACCUCCGACCGUCGUCGCCGCCGGCACAGGAGGGGGGCCAAGACGUCUCUCCAACGCGGGGCGAGCGCAGGACCGCGCCAGGCGUCCAAAAGAAGGAAGAUGCCUCGCGGCGACAGGGAAAGCGACUGGAGGGAAAAGGAGCAGUUCCGCAAACUGUUUAUUGGUGGCUUAAGCUUUGAAACCACAGAGGAAAGCUUGAGGAGUUACUAUGAGCAAUGGGGAAAGCUUACAGACUGUGUGGUAAUGAGGGAUCCUGCAAGCAAAAGAUCAAGGGGGUUUGGUUUUGUAACAUUCUCUUCCAUGGCUGAAGUUGAUGCAGCUAUGGCUGCAAGACCUCACACAAUUGAUGGAAGGGUGGUUGAGCCUAAGAGAGCUGUGGCUAGAGAGGAAUCUGGAAAACCUGGUGCUCAUGUUACUGUGAAAAAACUAUUCGUUGGUGGUAUUAAAGAGGACACUGAAGAGCACCACCUUCGUGACUACUUUGAAGAAUAUGGGAAAAUUGACACUAUUGAAAUCAUUACUGAUAGACAGUCUGGUAAAAAGAGGGGGUUUGGAUUUGUUACAUUUGAUGACCAUGAUCCUGUGGAUAAAAUUGUAUUGCAGAAGUACCACACCAUCAAUGGCCAUAACGCAGAAGUAAGGAAAGCUCUCUCUAGACAGGAAAUGCAGGAGGUUCAGAAUUCUAGGAGUGGGAGAGGAGGGAACUUCGGUUUUGGUGAUGCUCGUGGAGGUGGUGGCAACUUUGGUCCAGGACCUGGCAGCAAUUUCAGAGGGGGAGCCGGUAAGACAGAUGGAUAUGGAAGUGGCCGUGGAUUUGGUGAUGGGUAUAAUGGAUAUGGCGGAGGACCUGGAGGUGGCAACUUCGGUGGCAGUCCUGGUUACGGAGGAGGAAGAGGAGGAUAUGGUGGAGGAGGACCUGGAUAUGGCAACCAGGGUGGGGGCUAUGGAGGUGGUUAUGACAACUAUGGAGGAGGCAAUUAUGGAAGUGGAAACUAUAAUGACUUUGGAAACUACAACCAACAACCUUCAAAUUAUGGUCCGAUGAAGAGUGGAAAUUUUGGUGGCAGUAGAAACAUGGGGGGACCAUAUGGUGGAGGAAACUAUGGUCCAGGGGGCAGUGGAGGAAGUGGUGGAUAUGGAGGGAGGAGCCGUUACUGAGUUUCUUCAAGCAUGCCAUGGCUAUGAUAUGAACCCUGGACAAGCAUAGACUGCUGCCACUGUACACUGCUACAGUUGAACAAAUGAGACCUGCAAGUGUCCAUUAGUAAAGCUUUGCAAGGGUUCCAUCCCUGGUGUUGGUAGUUAAAAUGGUAGGUCACAAGUUAAUUAAAUCAUACAACUUUAUUUUUGCAUCCUGCAACAUUUUCUUUUUUCUUGGGAGUCUAUGCAUUAUGAUGGUUGCAAGGUAAUGCAAUGAAGGUAGUUCUGUGCUGUUGAAAAUGAACUGUGUUGUUAUGUGUCUUGUCUGCUGUAAUCUAUUUUAUAUAACACGUUUCAUCCUGAAGGUUCCCAAGUAACUGUAGACUGUUUACGUGUAAGGAAAAAAAAUUGCACCACAGAAUACAUCUGCCUCUGUGAAGGAAUGUGUCGUCCAUUCUUUUAACAACUGCAUAAGCAGUUCUUUAGGAGGGGAAGUGAAAACAAAACUUCAAAUGAAACUGCAGGUGGUAUUUCUUUAGUGUACAAUGUGUUUAUGUAAAUUGGAAAUUGGCUAGAAUGUUGAGGUUUCCACCAUUUUUUAUAGUUCUUGCAGCUAACAAACCUUAGUGCCAAAUUCAGUCAGCCUUACUCUUACUGCAUUGAAUGUUUGCACCUCAAAUUAAUGAAAAUUCAUUAAGUAAUGAAUGAGUUAUUCAGAGUAAGGGUGGCAUACUCUACUAGAUUUGGUUUUAAAAUAAAAAUCAACGAAGCCUAUCAAAAAAGGCAACCAAAAAAUGCCCUACUUUCAAAGUUCCGUUGCCUUUAAAUAAGGCUACCCACUGAAGAACAUGGACUCAGCUAACAAAUGUCCUGUUCCUUUUGGGUUAGACACACCAGUGAACUGCUUAUACCUUUUUUUAAAAAAAAAAAAAAAAUGGCUGAAGUUCCCCUAUUGGUAAUUUGGUUUAGACAUAUGUGAUAAACAUCUUCAGAUACACUUUUUUUUUCUUUGGCAGGAAGGUGCCAUGCUGCAGGUAACUAAUGAAGAAGUGGUCAACCACAGAAACGCUUCAAGAAAUAAGAAAUUCUGUAUCAUCAGAAAAUAGUUGUUUUUGCUGCCUUCAUUAAAAAUCUAGAGGUUAAAUGAAUACUGAUAAAACAUCACAAUUAGUACAGCUCCCUGUAAUGCUGGGUUUUUUAAAUUAUAGUAAAAAUGUCUUGUAAACCUUUCGAAUAAAAUUCAGAUUCGUUAGGAGAAACAAAUCACUAAUGUUAAAAUAGCAAACAUUCUGUGAGUAGAAAGUUUAACUACAUAUAUUUAUAACUUUCAUAGCUUUAAAAUAAAGUAUUUUUUAUACCAAAGUAGUUCUAGUGUAAUGCUUAAUAAAAACUUAGUGUGUAUCUAACAUUAAAUAAUGUUUAUGUGCAGCUUUUAGACCCUUUCAUGAUUUGAAACAUUCCAUUUUGAGGAGAAUUUAAAACAGAAUCAGUUUGAUAAGUGUCUUUACAGAACUUGUUUCUCUGACCAUAGGCAUCUGUUCUCUCUUGAGAGAAACAGUGCUGCAACUUAAAAACGCUGAUCUCUUUGCUGUUGGACACAAGUGCUUAAAAAUAGAUCUUUUCGGCUGUGUUUGUCAGUUUGUCAAAUUGCGAUAGGACAAUAUCCUUUUCACCUGUAAAGAGUUUUUAGGGUGAAGAGAGGAAGACUGAAUGGAAUGUAGAGUUGUUGCUGUGCCAGAAAUGUAUUGAUAGCUGCAUCUGGGGUGGAAAAAAAUUCAAAAAAACCCCAAACAAAAUGAAAACCCUGCUAAAUCAAACACUAAGUCUGAGCUUGAGAAAACUUCAGUUGGGAAUGGUAUUUGAGGGAAGGUCUCUUCAGUUUAUACUGUUUUAACCAGUUACCUUCAUACAUGGUUCAUUCUAAACUUGAAAUUUAUAUGCCUAGCUAUGGCAGAAUCAUCGUGUCUUUAACCUUCUUUAUAAUACUGUUUAAGGAUUCACAUGCAACUUUUUUCUGUUUCUUAAAUUGAACUUUUAAAAUACUUGCAUAGGUAACCGGUGGGCUGCAACGGAAGCAGGAAAUGAAGAUAAAAUCUUCUUUACUUUCUUCUUUCCAACAGAAUGAGUUGACCAGAUCAUAAGGAAUUUGCCUUCUUUCCUGUAACUUAGAUAUAGUUGAUGGAGGUUUUUUCUUUACAGUUGCCAAGUCCACAUUCAUACAACAUUUAAAAAAACGCAAACCACUUUGAAGGGCAGUAAUUAAUUCUCUAUUUCUGAUAGUCUUUCAGUAGUUUUGCAACAAGGUUUAAAAUUUACUUGAAUUAAAUGUCUUAUAUUUUCCAUAAUGAGGAUGUUUUAAUUUUGAUCUGCUGGCAGUGGGGGAAGGGAGUGUAUAGGGGACAACACUAUGCAAAAAUGAAGUUAGCAGAUAUUUAAAGUCUUGAAAACCUGAUGUUUUAAGUUUCCUGAUGUCUUAACUGUUAAACUUUUCAUAACUUUUCUCUUGGUAUGUUCUUCAAAAGUUAAAACAAGUGACAGUUGCAGUGUUCACCAGUGAAUUUGGUGAGAGAAAUCACCCUUUGGAGUCAGCCUGAUGCUGGAAGUCAGCAAUUUCAAAUAAAACCAGCAGUGUGUGUGGUCAAUUCCUGAUUAUCAAUUUGUAGACAAUGUGUAUUUCUUAAUUUCUGUCAAGUUGGGUUUAUGUCACUACAGCCUUUUUUUUUAAAGUAAGUGUAACAUUAUGUAUAAAAACAUAUAUUGUACUAACAAAUAAGGAUGAGGUUGUCAGUACUAGGCCCAGUUUUCCCACAGCAAACACUUUCUGCACCAGACUUAGGGAGGAAUGAAAAACAACUUGUUGGUAACUGGUAUGGGAGCCAAAAAAUACAGUGGGUGAUUCGUGUAUAAAGUGAUGGUGAGAAGGUCAAUACUAGGGGUCUGGCCUUUGGGAUGGUGUUAUUUACAAUGAAAACUGGAUUUUAUUGAUUUCUGUUAUGCUGCAGGUGCUUAAAACCAUUUAGGAAAAUGCAAACAAUUGCUUUUAAUAUUGUAAAAUGAAUAGGACUUGAACUCUGUUAUGUGUGGGGAAGACAACUGUGUUUUAGGUUUAUGAUGAACGUACAUGAUACUUUAUGGAUGAAAUCAUACUGCUUCUGGGGAAGGAAAACCAAGCCCCAGAAACAGAGAGGAAUUUUCAAGGAGUUGUGUGCUGAAUGUGUUUUGGCAGCUUGACUGCAUCCGUGGUGCAGGAUGAUUUGCUGGGAACAUACUGGAACAGUGCAUUCCCUGUAGCUGUAGUGUUUGUUUUCAAAGCGGGGUGUGUGAUGUGAGUGAAACCCCAUAGUAGUGCUGUUGGUUUUUUUCCUCCUAAGGUCGAUGCCCCGUCCUCGUUUAUUCAGCCAUACCAUUCAGUGUACUAGGGAUGUAUAUAGGAGUGUUACAUGGAAGGGUUUGCCCAGGUAACACAAAUCCAUUUUUCCAGAAGUUGUCCCUCUUAACAGUCGUGUUCUUGCUUUGCAGCCACUGUUGAUUUGCAUUGCAGCAGAAGUUUCAGUGUUGUCAGGAGUUAUUCCAGUUAAUGGAGCAAGACCUUGUUUAUCAGCAGUAAAAUUACUGGUGUAUAAAUAGCUGUGUGACUUGCCUGACAGUGCUGUGAACAUAUUUGGGGACCAUGUAGGUACAAGCUAUGUGUGACCUCCCAUGUUGCUUCAUUGUAUGAAAAGGUGUGACUGGGGGAAAGUCCUAGACAAUUGCUGUUACCAGUGCCCCCCUUUCCGUCCUUAUUUGGUCUGCUUGCUCUUGGUUCACGUUGGGACAUUCAUGUGUGAAAAAAUGAGUGGCUGAUGCACUUAAUGGAGUUCUAGCACAGGUGCCAAGUUGCAGCACUUUUACGAGGUACACUGCAGUGAUAAGACUGGUUACACGUGCCAUUUUUAUUUGGUUUAUUUAAUAAAUAGUUUUUCACUACAAA